UGGGUAGCUGGGCUGCGGCGGGGUUCGGCGACGAGGCGUGCCUCCCGGCCCGGGAACGCUGCGAGGGGCGCGCCCGCCCCAACCUCCAUGCAGGAAUUCACUGGGUCCCUCUGGCGUCGCGUGGGCCCCCCGCCCAGAGCAACGGCACUCCUCUCUCGGCUCCUGGGCGCCGCGGGGAGGAGGGCGAGGCUCGAAGACCAGCUCCGUGCGGAUGGAGGUGGAGUCCCCGGGCCCAAGGCUGGCGAGGCUCUGUCAGGCGCCCUCUCCUCGGCUUCGACACCGCUGCGGGCCCGCUGGCGGGCCCGGGGCCCACAGACUGCUUGGGUGCAUAUUUGCCCUUGGAUCUCCCACCACUAGUUAUCCAGUCUCUCCCUGAGACCCCGGCUUCUGAGGACAAGUGAGGUUAUCACGGAGUGUCCUGCUGCAGGAGGAUACCCAAAGCUUCAUGUUACAAGAGGCCUGGCGCAGAGAGUGAAGGAGCUACACUGAAGUCGCACAGCAGAGUUUCUGUUCCAGAACUGCAGUUACCAGCUUGGAAAAAUACAGUGUUGUGUCUAAAGCAAGACCUUUCUGAAGAAGUGGAGUUACAAGGAAAUUCGUAAGGCUGGAGAAUUUUGCUGCUGGUCGUUCUCUUUGGCCCUUGCCGGCUUCCAGUGGUCCUUCCUCUCUCCUGGGGACAAGAAGGAUGGAAAAGCCCACAGGCAAGAAAAAGAAGGCACAGACCCCAGAGGAAGAAGUACGUGUGCAGAAGGACACUCCCAAGGAAGAUAAAGCAUCUAGGAAAAAGAAGCCAAACCAGAGAUCCACUUUGGCCAAAAAGCACACUAAGGAACCCCGCCUGAGUCGUGAGGACGAGGAACACAUGUUUGAGGCCUUCAAUGCUUCAUUUAAAGAUGACUUUGAGGGGGUUCCUGUGUUCACUCCCUUCCAGAGGAAGAAGCCCUACGAAUGCAGGGAAUGUGGGCGCGUCUUCAAGCACAAGACGGAUCACGUUCGCCACCAGAGAGUCCACACUGGAGAGAAGCCGUUCCAGUGUGCCCAGUGCGGGAAGACAUUCAGGCACAGCUCCGACGUGACCAAGCACCGGAGGAUUCACACCGGAGAAAAGCCCUUUGAAUGCAGUGAGUGCGGCAAAGCCUUUAACUGCGGUUCCAAUCUCCUAAAACAUCAGAAAACCCACACUGGAGAGAAGCCGUACGAAUGUAAGGAAUGUGGGAAAACCUUUGCCUACAGCUCAUGUCUUAUUCGCCAUCGGAAACGUCACCCAAGGAAGAAGCACUGAGCGUGGGGAAGCCAUCCAGACUCGGAGCUUUGUGCCCGCGAGAACUGUCCUGGCAGGCCUGCCUGGGGGUCCUCGUCCCCUGGCGUCUGAUCGGCCUGGGGGUCCUGCCGUCACCAGGAAAACCGCCCCAGCCAGGUCAGCAAACACCAGUGUGGCCGGAGACCUUUCUGGUCUAGAGGAUCUCUGGGGCAAGACAUCAUGAUAACAAGGCAGCUCCUCGCAGCUGUGGCACCAGGGAGGCGAGUGUACAAACUGCUGUCCAGGGGACAGGCUUCAGACCUGAGCACGGCCAGCACCUCCCACUGCCGCCUCCGCCUGUGACUCCCAUGCUGGCUUCGGCCCUCCCACCAGCUCCUUUGAAGACUGAGCUGCAGACCCUUGGCCCACUGGGUCCCAAGUCCAUCUCCGUGCAGCCUGGCAGGAGGCCUGUGGCCCUGAGCUGGAUGGCAGUGCUUCCGCAGUGAGCACUGGGGACCCCACUGUCCCCCUGGCUGGCUGUGGCGGCGGUGCUGUGCUUUGUCCUCUGCCUUCCCUCCUCUCUGCAGAACCAUUCCUUGAACUUGGCCCCUGCUCCCAGGAACUGGGCUCUCUGUGUGUCCUCCCGCAUCAGCCAUCAUCCCAGCUGAGCAGCCUGACUUACCAGGUGGACCACUCAGGACACUAAAUGCUGCCGCUGUGGAAGCUUCCUGCCCUGGCCAUGGGGGGCCCCGGGAUGUUGACGGCAGCUUGGAUGCAGCCUUUGCCUGCCAUGCGGCCUUUCAGACACGAGACGGUGGGCCUGCCCCCCAGGGCCAGCUCUCCGUUCAGGUUAGUUCCACUUCUCUGUGCUUGGCCCCCAGGUUCCAUCCUACCCCCUUCACAUCCACAUGCUGUGCCUGCCCUUGGUUUCCCUCCAAGAGUGGUCUGGAUGGGCCUCCAUGUUCUCCUGGGCGGGGUUGUGGUUUGUCCCAGAAUUUCAGCACAGUAUAAGAGGGGCGAGGUGACUGUCAUCCAGGAAGUAAUAGGGCUUUUUAUCAGGAAAAUGUUGAUACCUACAUUUUCAGCUCUUUGGACCCAGAAAACUAAUAAUGGCCUUGGUCUUGGGGGCUCCUCCCUCAGGAGACAGGAGAGAGUGCUCCCAGUGGAAACAUCCCUCCAGGUUAAGAUUCUUACUCUUGUUCUUUCUAAAAGCUAUGACGUUAUAACAGCUCUACCUUAGCUGGCACCUCCGCUUCACAGCUCAGCAGGCCCUCCUCCUCCCCCGACAGGCAGGCCCCAGGUGUGACCUGUGAUCCUGCUCUCACAGCCCCGGAACUGGAGAUGUGAUGAGGCAAAGUUGUUCAAACAGGUGCCAGGGUCUGGCUUAGGGAAAACACACCUGUGAUCCUGGGUGGGGAAAGGUUGCUAUAAAGGAGGUCACUGGGACAUUUGGCAAACGUUGGGUCUAGACUGUCCACAGGGGAGGGGGGCCACAUCAGUGUCAAAGCUCCCUGAUUUGAUGGCCUGCAGCCAUCCCAGACAACGUCCUUGUCAUGAAAGAUGCAUGCGGAGGUCUCAAGGGCCACAGGGUCACGACAUCUGCAGUCUGCUCUCAAAGGCUGAGCAAAGAAGCAAUAACAACAAUGCAGAUUGGCAGGUUGACAAACAUUUCUGUUAAGGGACAGAUAAUAACUGUUCUUGGCUUUGUAGCCAUAAGGUCUCUGCCACAACUCAGCUCAGCCAUGACAUGCAAUAGCAGUCACAGCACAGAAACGGCCAAUAAGGCUUUAUUUACAGAAGCAGACAGUGGGCUGGAUUUGGCCGGUUCCAGAUGAAGGGUAUGUGACACGUUCCCGGGGUGUCUGCAUCUGCUUCGGUUUGGUUUGGUUUUUAUUUAUUAUGGUUUAUAAUAUACCAUGAUGGAUAUAUUGUUAUAUAUAAAAUAUUGUAUAAAUGUACCAUAAAUUACAACAUAUCACAUGUACUAUAGAAAAAUUAUCGUUUUUUAUGUUAUUAUGUUUCCACGUUAAUAC